AGUGUAGGUUUUUGUACAUGUCAAGCAUAUGCUCUUUUGCUGAGCUUUACCCCAAUUUAGAUUUUGAAAUUUGGCAGAUUAUCGAUCUCUUUCCUAGGAUGGCAGUAUUCAUGAUCCAGGAAGUAUUCAUAAAUGCCUGGAUUACAGGAUACAGUGACCUAUAAUGAUGUCCAUGUCGACUUCACUUGGGAAGAGUGGGCUUUGCUUGAUCAUUCCCAGAAGAAUCUCUACAAAGAUGUGAUGCUGGAGACUUAUAUGAACCUCACUGCUAUAGGCUACAACUGGCAAGAUCAUAAUAUUGAAGAACAUUGUCACAGUUCUCAAAGACAUAAAAGGCACAAAAGAAGUCAUUCUGGAGAGAAACCUGAAUAUACUCAAUGUGUUAAAACCUUUGCAUAUCACAAUAAUCUUCAAAGGCAUCAAAGAAUUUAUACUGGAGAGAACCACUAUGAAGGUAUUCAGUAUGGUGAAGCCUUUGGAUGUCAGAGUAGUCUCCUAAUACAUAAAGGAACAUAUACAGGAGAGCAACCCUAUGCAUGUAAUCCAUGUGGUAAAGCCUUUUCAUGUACUCUCCAAAUGCAUCAAAGAAUACAUAUUGGAGAGAAACCGUAUGAAUGUAAUAAAUGUCAGAAAGCCUUUGUAUAUCACAGUCAUCUUCAAAUGCAUGAAAGAACACAUACUGGCGAGAAACCCUACAAAUGCAACCAAUGUGCCAAAGCCUUUGUAUAUCCCAGUCAUCUUCAAAGGCAUGAAAAAACACAUACUGGAGAGAAACCAUAUGUAUGUAAUCAGUGUGGUAAAGCCUUUGCAUAUCACAUUUGUCUUACAAUACAUAAAAGAACACAUACUGGAGAGAAACCCUACAAAUGUAAUCAAUGUGGUAAAACCUUUGCAAAUCAGAGUCAUCUUCAAAUACAUGAAAGAACACAUACUGGAGAGAAACCCUACAAAUGUAAUCAAUGUGAUAAAGCCUUUGCCCAGCACAGUGCUCUUCAAAUGCAUGUAAGAACCCAUACUGGAGAGAAACCGUAUGAAUGUAAUCAAUGUGGUAAAUCCUUUGCUCAUCACAGUACUCUUCAAAUGCAUAAAAGAACACAUACUGGAGAGAAGCCAUAUGAAUGUAGUCAAUGUGGUAAAGCCUUUGCUCAUCAUAGUGGUCUUAAAAGGCAUAAAAGAACACAUACUGGAGAGAAACCUUAUGAAUGUAAUCAAUGUGGUAGAGCCUUUGCUCAUCACAGUACUCUUCAAAUGCAUAAAAGAACACACACUGGAGAAAAACCCUAUGAAUGUAAUCAAUGUGGUAAAGCUUAUAUAUCCCAACACGGCCUCCAAAUGCAUGAAAGAACACAUACUGGAGAAAAACCAUAUGAAUGUAAUCAAUGUGGUAAAGCUUUUGCACAACACAGUACUCUUCAAAUGCAUAAAAGAAUACAUACGGGAGAGAAACCCUAUCAGUGUACUCAGUGUGGUAAAGCCUUUGCAUAUCACAGUCAUCUUCAAAUGCAUAAAAGAACACAUACUGGAGAGAAACCCUAUGAAUGCAAUCAGUGUCAUAAAGCCUUUGCACAACACAAUACUCUUCAAAUGCAUAAAAGAACACAUACUGGAGAGAAACCCUAUGAAUGCAAUCAAUGUGGGAAAGCCUUUGCAUAUCACAGCAAUCUUAAAAUACAUAAAAAAACACAUACUGGAGAGAAAUCCUACAAAUGUAAUCAAUGUGAUAAAACCUUUGAAUGUACGAGUAAUCUUUGAAAUCAUAAGAAAAAAAUCAUCUGAAUGUAGUUAAUGUGGCAGAGUUUUGUAAGUCAUGGUUCUUGUUCUUUAUACAAUAAUAAAACUUUUAGUAUGUUGU